UCGUCAUCAUCAUCACUUUGAAAGAGGAGUUAUAAAACAAACUACACAAACAAAAGAAAAGAGAAAAAUAAAGAAAAAAAAAAGCUAGAAAAAAGUUUGGCAUGAGAGGGAGCUCAAUCCUUGAAGGAAGAAUCAGAUGCCAUAUUCAGAGAUUUCAUAUAUAGAUGCAACAUCUCUUGUCAAUUAUAUUUCAUGGAGGUAGCUCAUGAGCUUGUUCAAUGCAAGAAGUGAGGCUUGCUUGAGGUGAGACCAGUAAUGCCAAGGAGAUGGGAAAGAAAGGGAAUUGGUUCUCUGCCAUAAAAAGGGCCUUCACACCUUCCUCUAAAGAUAGUGUCAUAUAUAGUUCAGAUAAGGAAAAUGUAAGGGAUAAGAAGAAGUGGGGAGUAGGGAGAUCAAAGCAUGGAGAGGCCAAUUCCCUCAUCUCUCUCAAUAGAGAACCAAGCAGUAUUGAGAAAAUCCUAGGAGAUGCUGAGAGGGAGCAACAAUUUCAGAGGACAUAUCAAGAGCAACCUAAGAAGGUUCAGCACUUACGUUCGAUCUAUGAAGAAUCACAUAAGAAUGUUCAACACUUCCAUUCACCUAGAGAAGAACCACCGAAGAUUAAGGCUCAAUAUCUGCAAGAACCUAAGCGAGAAUCUCUUAAGAAAGAUCGUCAUAUCAAAACACCGAAACUGAAACAAGGGAUUGUAACAUAUAGACGAGGCAUUAAUGAAAACUAUGCUCAGAGUUCUGCAAUCAAAAUUCAAGCUGCUUAUAGAGGUUACAUGGCAAGAAAAAAUUAUCGCACUCUCAAGGGUCUAGUAAGACUCCAAAAAGUGAUGAGAGGGCAAAGUGUGAAGCGCCAGACUUCAAAUACUAUGAAAUGCAUGAAGCUCCUUGUCAAAGUCCAGUCACAAAUACGUGCACGAAGGCUGCAGAUGAUUGAGAACCGAAACAUCCAGCAUCACCAAACUAAUGGAAGAAGCGAGAAAGAGGUGGCGAGCAGUUUCAGCAGGUGGAACCUAAGUCAAUCAGAGGCAGAAGCUGAUGAAGAGUGGGACGACAGUGUUCUAACAAAGGAGGAGAGAGACUCAAGAACACGAAGAAAAGUGGAGGCAGUGAUUAAAAGGGAGAGAGCCUUGGCUUAUGCAUAUUCACACCAGUUGCUCAAGGUUACACCAAAGUCUGCACAUGCAGUGCUCACUGACAUCCGGUCCGGGGGCUAUCCAUGGUGGUGGAACUGGCUCGACCGCCACCUUCCAACCGAACCUCCUCAGAACACCCCCAAGUUUGCCUCUGUUGCACCCCAAACCACCAGUUUCCAUCCCAGUAUCCAAAAUCAAGCCAACAAAGACAUUUUCUUUGAUCUGUCCACUCCUCGUUCAUCCAAAGUACUACCAUCUCCAAGAUCCAAGCUGUCACUCAAAACAUCAAACAAAAGGCACCAAAGUUCAAUGAGGGACGAUGAUAGCUUGACAAGCUGCCCAGCCUUCAGACCCGUGCCAAAUUACAUGGCACCGACAGUUUCAGCCAAGGCGAAGGUGAGAGAGAACCAGAUCGAUGGAGGCAGAGAUGGACGAAAUGGAGAGAAGAAGAAGUUCUCGUUUAGUUUGACACAGAGUAUUGGGUCUCUGAGAUGGGGAAAAGGGCCAUUGUUUGCUGCAGCGAAGGAGCCUGUGACGGUUCAGAGAGCGGCAAGAGGGAAGCACAGGUCGACGAAUUCUAUAGGAGGAGCGAGCGUGGAUUCGACUGUUUCAUUGCCUGUUGGCGUUGGAAGAAAGCCUUUUAAGUAGCUGCUUGUUCUUGUUCUUGUUGUGUGUGUAUGUUUCUAUUUGAUUGACUUGCUUUUGUUUUUCUGUUUGUGUGUUAUUUGGGUUUACUGAUUGUAAUGUGACAGGGGAAAAUAUAAAAAGGAAAGAAAGGCUGUGCAGGACUUUGAUAUUAUUUGUAGAAUGUAAUUUUUCAUUAAGAGAAUGAGAUUUGGAAUUUGUGUUUGAUUCA